UAGGGCAGUGGUUCUCAGUCCUGACUUUACAGUCACUUGUGGAGCUUUUUAAAAAUACCAGUGGUUGGACCCCACCCCAGACCGAUAAAAUAUGACUCUCUAGAGUGGUGACCAGGCCCCCUACUGUGGAGAUUAUGAUCCAGAAAGUCCAGAUGGGGGCCCAGGGUCUGUAUUUUAAUAAGUACUUCAGGUAAAUUUUAUGACCAGUUAGUCUGGGAAACACUGUCUUAACCUAACCUAGUUAUUAGCUGCUGUUCUCUGAUCUGAAUUUUUCUUUAACCUUGUAAUCGGUAUUUACCACUCAGGAAAAAAAGCAUUCAAAAUGAUAAAAAUUCAGGGUAUCAUUUUAAGACUAAUUUUCCCAUAGCAAAACAUUUUGCAACAUAUCAGUUAAUUUUUAUUUCAAAACAAAUUGCCGUCUGUUUUUCUUAGACACCCGAACCUUUUAUUGUUGUUUUUGAUUUUCAGGAAAAUCUGUUGAAGAAUUUUAAGAGUCAAAUCUUCUGAGCCUAGAUCUACUGCUGUCUGCAUCUCUUGAGACCUCCUCCAUCUGAGAAUUACCAGGUCUGACAACACUUUCCCUCCAGCCUACAGUGAGGGAUGUCAACAGAACUGUAGAAAAGUCACAUCCUCUAGACUUCCAACCCUCAAGCUGUGGCAGCUGGAAAGAAACCUUACAAGUGUCAUCCCUAUGGGGGAUCCAGAAAGACAAGAAGGGUAAAAACUCAGAUAUGCUGAGCCUGAAGUAUACAAAAGCUUUUAGAAAAUGCUGAGCCUGAAAUAUACAAAAGCUUUUAGAAAGUCUCCCCACAGAAGAAUCCAAUUAAAUUCACAUAAUUAAUGCACACAUUUAGAUGAGCUGUAGAUAAAAUAGAGCUCUUUCUCCCUCUACCAAAAGACAGGAAAAGUCCGAUUUAAUACUCAUUCUUGUCUCCAUACCAGUAUUAUAAAGCAGUUUCACCAUAUUUAUUUUAAUCAGUAUAUGAGUAGGACUGUGGAAAGUAAAAGAUUUUAUUUAUAUUUUUUAAAAAAUGAUUAAGAAGUUCUGAUAGAAACUAUUUGGGAGGGGGAUACUUGUGCACUGCUGACUUGGCUCUGGUUGUGAUUGCUUUGUGUAUGAGAUCGUUAGAACACCUCCAGCAUAUUCAGAGACAGCCUAAGUGACUGUGGAAUGCCUCAAGGGCAAUAGAAAUCAAAUAGAAAUAGGUACCAACUCAAGUCUUAAGUGAUGACGGAGGUGCAUUUCAAGUACCAUGGGAAUCUCACUGGGCGGGCCCAUUUCCCCACCCUGGCCACAGAGGUUGACACUACUUCAGAGAAGUAUUCCAACCUGUAUAUGUAUGUGGGCUUAUUCCUGAGCCUCCUGGCCAUUCUCCUCAUCCUGCUCUUCACAAUGCUCCUUCGGCUCAAACAUGUCAUCUCACCCAUCACCUCCGAGAGCACAGAAAGUGUUCCUCAAUUUACAGACGUAGAGAUGCAGAGUCGAAUCCCCACUCCUUAAAGUCAGGAAGAAAGUGAGCUUUAAAGGAUCUCAGUGAACCCUUGUAUGUUGAUGUCCAGGAAAGCUGACUUUGUUGCAUGUAGCUUCCCAUGUAGGGAAUCAACAAGUUGUUCACUUAACAAGUUGUUCAUGUUUUCUCUGUGUUAUUCUUUAUCUUGACUCUGCUUGUGGGAUAUCUAAGAGGUUUGACUCAUUCCUUGCCAGGAAUAUAGGAAAUGGCAGCUGGUUGGGAGGGAGGUUUCCAUGGUAACCAAAGAGAGCCUGGGCCUUGAGCAAACCUCAGACUGCAGAAAUUCACAGGCAGCUGUUGUAAAAAACACAUGACCCUGGAGGCUCCAAGAACAAGGAAAAUUUGCCUUUGAAAGGGCUAAUUGUUCAAAGAGGGUAUCCCAAGAAAGGAACAAGUUUUAAUUUAGCAGUUGGACCCUAAAGAAUCACCUCUGCUUACAUGAAGUUAAAUCAUGUUGGAGGUUAAUGGAAGGGACCACAAGCCCUUUCCCAAAGGAGCAGUGAUUUAUCAUCUGUGGCCAUCGGGUUUGUCCCAAAUGCAAGAAGAGUUCUUAAAAGAAACUGUUUCAAUUUAAAGAGCAAGUUUACAAAAAGAAGUUUCUAGUCAACAAACUCAUCUAGAGAGGGAAAAUGUGCAUUUUAUAUCUGUGUUAUUACUAUUACUGGACUUUUAAAAACUCAGAUAAUGGCCGAUGUAUUACAAAAAUCUGGAACAAUGAGCUCCCCCCAGACCAAGGGAAAAUUAAGUCAAAAUGUGCUUAUGAUAAUGAACCUUAUAUUAUACGUGCAGCUUCUUUGCCUUUUUCUCCUUACCCAUCAUGCUCCAGGAUUGAGUUGCACUCAAAUAUAAGCUUUGUUUAAAGAUGGCCUCGGCAGGGCUUACCUGGU